AUGAAAUCCAGCGCCGUAUCUCUCCAGGCGACAACAAUGACGAGAAAACAAGACAAAUGGACGGCAAAAGUGUCACCAGUUAAUGUCUCAAGGAUGUGUCUAAAAGCCUCAAAACCAACUGGUCCGGUAAGUGAUACUUUCAUCUAAGGGGAGGGGGUACCCUUAAUAUGGCCUAAACAGGUAUGUACUACGGAACAGGGUAUGGUUUUCAGGGUCUGUUUUCAGCGUAUGCAAUUCCCGUAUUUAUAUUCAUUUAGUGACUUGAACAGGAUACGUGUUUGUAACGGAAGACUUUAAGCGAGUGCAAAAGUUAGCAAUGAGCGGUCUACAUUUGUGGCACCAACAAUUAGUUUUCCCAAAAAAAUAAUUCCAUGAACGUACUCUGAAAAUUGUUAAUUUUUAGACCCGUUAUAACCUCUAGCAGAAAGAAGCAAAAGAUGUACAGAGAUCUAGAUGUGUGUCCCACUCGAGACCUUUGUAUGAAACAAGUCAUCCCUUAUACUAAGAUACCUUGAAAAGCUUGCAGAGAUAGUAGGGUUUCGCUAACUUUAAGAGCCCCGGCUGUCUCGGAAAUAACAGUUCGUUAUCCGUAAAACAUGGAGAAAGAAGAGAUACGAUUUUCUGUUUUCAGUUUUUUCCAUUGGGCAGGCCUGGCUCUUUAUAUUUUUACAUAUACAGAUUUAGUAUUUUUUGAAUUUUCUUUCAGUUAAUUGUGCUUCUUUCUUUUGAUAAAGGAAAUUUGUGCCAAAGAAUCUAGUCCAUCAGUAGACUCAAGCUGGUUCAUUGUAAGGCUGUGGAACAGAGGUUUGGUGUCUGUUGGCUUGCGUAAGCCCAGCAGUGUUCCCCGGCAAACGGCAAAACGACCACAGUAUCAGCGACUGGCAGAUGUACCAGUCAACGUGUUUGAGAUAUGCAUGUCAGAGAUAAAUCAAACUGGCCCGGUAAGUAUUUUUUUGUCGUUUGUUAUAUUGCAUUACACUGAGGAUAUAUACGAAAAUCCCUGCAAGUUUUUCCUUUAAUAAAUUGUCAAAAAACCUUUGCAUUGUAACUUCAAAUCUUUUAACCGAGGAAAUAAAUACCACCUAAGUUUGAUUAUAAUGAUUUGUUGCUGUUAGUGUUUUUGCUCGAUCUGAACGCAGCUUUUCACCGUCAUAUCGAGAUUUGCAACGAUAGAAAUGACUAAUGUUAAACUAGACAUUCUGGUCAAGACAAUUUUUGUAAUAAUUACAAUUGCAAUUCCGAUCUUUGCCUUGUUUUAGAGUGAACUCGGAAUGAGGACUAACCUGGGGCGACUCGGCCAAAAUUGUUCAACGUUACGAUGAAUUUUACUCAAAGUAAUAUACACUCAAGGAAUAAUCUAUUUAAGGUUAUAGUUUAUUCUUGAAUCGAAUAUAUCUUCCUUUUUUACUUAGGAAACGUCGUUUUGCACAACGAAAGCUGCCAGACGCUUAGCUGAAUCACAGUGGUUUACUACAAAGCUGUGGAACAAGGGCGUGGCAUCCAUACACUGGAUCAGGUCAAAUGAAACUCAGGAAAAGGCUCGCAAUCUCACAAAUUGUAAGUACUUUGAUGCACUCUUCUUUACAGCUAACAAUCUACGAUCGCUUUUCGGCUCCUUAUUCUAAAAACAUUGAUUACAUGAACCUCUCCCAGCAUAUUUCUUUUUUAACAGAGUGAAAUAAUGUAUUGAUCGAUCACUUUGUGAGACGAAACUAACAGUUUGAAAGUGACUGGUCAAUCGUUGUUUUGUUUGUGUAUUUGUUUGUUUGCUGCUUAAUCACGAAGCUAUUUUCGUUCAUACUUUAGAAUAAGAUGCUUCUGAAAGUUGUUAUUUAACAGUGGAAACAUUUUUGAGAUAACGAUACGAUGCUUAACACGAAAAAAAAAUUGACAAUAAGAUAAUCAAGAUUAUUGUCGCCGAUAAAAAGGUUUGAUUCUCGAAAUGUGUUUCUUGACUUCUCUCGAUAAAACUAACUUUUGCAACUCACGGAGCUACUGUGGGAGGAGAAGGAAGUGAACAGACCGCACAGUUUGUAAAUUAAUUUUUUAAACCUGUUGUUCGUUAUUGUACCGUGCAUGUGUUUUAUUGAUUGUGCGUGUUUAUUAAAAAUUUCUUACUAUCGCUCAACCUCUUUCUAGUGUAUUUGACGAGAGUUGUAACCACAAUGUUACACUGGACCUGGCAGGACACGUUUGAUGUGAUGACCAUUAUCUUGGUGACUGAUUAUUGCUGCACGGCUUUGUACCUCGCCGUUCCCUACAUUUUUAAUAUCAUCACCCGGUUGAUUCGAAUGUUAAUUCGAAAAUGGAGGUAAGAGAACACAUCAUGAGUUUCACUGUCUGCCGCACAGAUGCCGGCUAAGCUUUAAUUCAUAUCUAUAAUACCACACCAAAUUUCUACUUUCCCUUUUAGUAAAGGUCGCACUAUAGCCAAUUAAAUGGAAGCUUUAUAAAACUAAAGGCUACGGGCCGUAGUUGUUCGAGACUUUCUGUAUAUGAAUUUGUUUGUAACUAUGAGGCUUUUGUUCGCAAAAUGCCGCAAUGAAAAAUUCAGUACCAAAGAGGAAAUAAGGUAGAAUUGUUACAUAAGUCCAUGUAGACUGUGACAAUGGUCCAACACUGUCUUUUUUUAUGGCGGGUAUAAGGCUAGGUUUUUGUGCAAGAAGAGGUUGCCAGGCAGUGAGGGAAGACCGCCAUUGUUUCCGGCAGUUCAAGCACGCCCUUUAGUGUUUGGCCUCUGGUCCGUUAGUUGGGUUUUCUAAGCAUUUAUGUCUGCACUCUCGAUCUCUUUGUGCAGUUGCAUAUGUGAUAUGUAGUCUCCCAACUAAAACCUAAAGAAGGGGUCUAAUACAAUCAACAAUACCAACACUUCUUGACACACACCACAACUGAAACUACUAACCAACAAAAACUUCCGCGACAUCAAGAAACACCUAUUCAAUUCCAGCCCUGAUCGACACUCAUUUGAGCGUAAUUGACUAUACCAAUGGAGUAGAAAGACGCUAUAUUCUCUCUUGCUAAACCAAGAGAGUUAUACUCUAACGAAAGUGGUUUGUUUUUAUAUCUCACAGAUUGUAUCGUGAAAAUCAGCAACGUAAGUUGGAGGAGGAACGUGAACGAUUACGUCAAGAAGAACUUGCGCGUGAAAGAGCCUCUCAACCGAAACCAUGGCGACCAAAACAACCUAGAAGAAGGAAGGCUAAUUUUUGCGGAAGAUUACAAAAAUGGUAG